UGGAUAAGUGCCUGCCUCGGAAAUAUCCAAGGAAUUUCAAUUUUCAAGCACGGUUAAUAAUCUUUUUAGAUAAAGGAAGGUUUUUUGUUUGGUCAUUUAUUUUACUGAAAUUGAUUUUGACUGGGUCGUCUUCUUCGUCAACCAUGGUUGUGAUCGUGUAGGGAAAUUUUGUGAUUGAGAUUUGUUUUUUGUUUUGUUUGGGGGAGUAGCCAAUCUGAUUGCUGAGAAUAAGCGAUUAUCAAUGAAAGGCGAAUUGCAGCUUGAAUCAUUACCUGAACAAUUACCUGCAGUUGGUGGUGAUGGUGCUGGGGAUGAUGAACGAGAUCGUAAUGAAUCCGAUCCUCUGCUGGAGAGCCAGCCUGAUUCGCCUCCGGCAAGUUCAAGCGAGAUUAAACAUGAAGACGAAGACGACGUUGAGAGUGGUUCUAUUCCUUGUUGCCGCAUUUGCCUCGAGUCUGAUGGCGAAUUAGAUGAUGAACUAAUAUCUCCAUGCCUCUGCAAAGGCACCCAACAAUUUGUUCACCGCUCAUGCCUUGAUCAUUGGCGCUCGGUUAAGGAAGGUUUUGCUUUCUCUCAUUGCACAACUUGUAAAGCUCAGUAUCAUCUCCGAGUUGAAUCGUUUGAGGAAAAUUCUUGGCAUAAGAUAAAGUUCAGAAUUUUUGUGGCCAGGGAUGUUUUUCUUGUAUUUUUGGCUGUACAAACGGUUAUCGCUGCAAUUGGUGGGUUUGCAUACAUUAUGGAUAAAGAUGGAACCUUUAGGAACUCAUUCAGUGAUGGUUGGGAUCGCAUACUGUCAAAGCAUCCUAUCCCAUUCUAUUACUGUAUAGGGGUACUGGCCUUCUUUGUGCUGCUUGGAUUUUUUGGGAUUAUACUACAUUGCUCCUCCCUCAAUAAUAGUGAUCCACGGAUGGCUGGCUGCCAAAACUGUUGUUACGGAUGGGGUAUUUUGGAUUGUUUCCCUGCAUCUAUGGAGGCAUGCUUUGCCUUGGUUAUUGUUUUUGUUGUCAUCUUUGCCAUUCUGGGCAUAGCGUAUGGUUUUCUCGCUGCCACGAUGGCAAUCCAGAGGAUUUGGCAGAGACACUAUCACAUCCUCACUAAAAGGGAGCUUACGAAGGAAUACAUAGUGGAAGAUCUUCAAGGGUGUUAUACUCCACCAAAAUUGGAUGCGGAGCAUGAAGAACGUCUAAAAAUGUUAAAGCUGUUGUAAUAAUCGAUGGAUGUAUGAAGUUCAGAUAUUCUAAAAGUGCUAUAACUAAUUUGUUUAACUGAGGAAGGAGAGAAAGUGAUCUCAGGAUUCUACAAGUGCUCAGUAAAUUGUGAAAAAACUUAUCUUCCUCUCUUCCUCCUCCCCUCUAGCUUGAUUUCAUUUUCCUUUCUUGUUUUUUGGUACUUUUCUUUCAAUAAUAGUCUCUAUUAGCAUGAGUA